AUGAAAUUACUGGAUGUAAAGAGACCCUUGACGCCGGAAUUCCAAAUGGAAAAAUUGCCGGUUUUUGCACGUAUACACCAGAUGUUUCUGAUACUAUUUCUAAAUUAGGUUUUAAAUAUGAUUCAAGUCGAGACGAUACGUCCUGGCCUUACACUUUAGAUAAAGGCCUUCAUAAUUAUUGUUCGAGAAAUUAUAGUUGUGAUAGUGUAAAACAUCCUAGCUUUUGGGAAAUUCCAAUGCCUGCAAUUAUGGCUCCAAAGAUUGACAAAAAGAUUUGUAAUGGUUUAAAUGACACUAGUCUUUUGGAAAUUUGUAAUUUCAACAAUACUAAUAUAUGGAGUACUUAUUAUGGUUGUCCUAACAGUGAUAUUUCUCUUGCUGUUCUUGUUCCUCCAGAAACGUCGCCAAGAACUUCAUAUAAAUGUCGUCAAACCUCCACAAUCGUCGUCGUCAAGAAACUUGUAAAGAAUAUUAAAAAUCAACGAUCAAAAUCAUCAAAACAAUGUGUUAUACAGACUUUCGGAAACUCUAUAGCAACUAGCAUCCAUUUGAUUG